CCACCAGCCCAUGGCUAAUCAGACCGAUAUCUCUGACUUCAUUCUACUUGGAUUCCCAGGAAUUGCAGAGAAGUUCCACACCCCGGUGUCCAUAGCGCUGUUUCUGGUCUACAUCAUAUCGCUUUUCGCCAACGGCACAGUGAUAGCUUUGAUAACUUGCAAUCACCACCUGUACCAGCCCAUGUACCUGGUUAUCGUGAACCUCGCCAUUUCAGACCUCCUGUUCGACACGGUAACAUUGCCAAAAAUCAUUGCCAAGUAUUGGUUUGAUGAUGGUGGUAUCUCAUUUGCUGGAUGCAUCUUCCAAUUGUUCUGUGCUCAUUUCCUGGGCGCCUUUGACUCCUAUAUCCUCCUACUGAUGGCUAUUGACCGGUACGUUGCCAUUUGCAAGCCGCUGAGAUAUACCUCCAUAAUAACCAACAGGCGUAUCAUGAUGCUUUGCUGUUUCUUCUGGUUCUUCACAGCUAUUAUUGGCUUAAUCAUCGCUCUUCUGGACUCCAACGUACCUUUGUGUGGGCAGAAUGGAAUCAAGAGCUGUUUCUGCACCAACACGGCCGUCUUGUCCAUGGCGUGCACCGACGUCACAUCUCUCAGGCGCAUGAUCUUCGGGAUCGCAAUGUUUGUCCUUCUGCUGCCGCUGACUUUCAUCCUAUUCUCCUACGGGGUCAUCAUCAAGGUGGUCAUCACGCAGACCCACGCUGAAAGCCGGAGGAGAGCGUUUUACACCUGUACUACUCACCUGGGUGUGAUCGGUUUAUAUUUUGUACCACGGAUAUUUGUCUACGUGGCCAACCAGGUCAAUCUAAUCCUCAACGUUGACUUGAAUGUGCUUAUUCUCUGUUUCUACACGUUUGUCCCGCACAUGGCUAACCCCAUCAUUUACUGCCUGCGGACCGUGGAGAUCAGGAGAACUCUUAAGAACCUCAUCAAAAGGAGGAUACUGAUGAAAACACUGCGCUUACCGACUGUCCGUACAAUUACACACUAA